CUUUACUGCCGCUCCAGGAUCAGCUUCUUCUGGGGAAACACAUCAUCUGAAUCCUGCUGCUGUCGCUGCCCCACAGACCCAACUUUGUUCUGGACGGAUCCCUGCUGCAGGACGGAGGGAGGAGGACGAUGGGGGUCAGCUUUUCUCCCCCACUCACUCUGCUGUGUCUCAGCUUCAUCUCUGGUGUUUGGACCCUCAACCCCGAUGACCCGAACGUGUGCAGCCACUGGGAGAGCUACGCCGUCACCGUGCAGGAAUCCUACGCCCAUCCCUUCGACCAGGUCUACUACACCCGCUGCACCGACAUCCUCAACUGGUUCAAAUGCACAAAACACAGGAUCAGCUAUAAGACAGCCUACAGGAGAGGUGUGAGGACCAUGUACAGGAGACGCUCGCAGUGCUGCCCUGGAUUCUACGAAACAGGAGACCUCUGUGUCCCGUUGUGCACAGAGGAGUGUGUCCACGGUCGCUGCGUCUCUCCUGAUACCUGCCAGUGUGAGCCCGGUUGGGGGGGGCUGGACUGCUCCAGCGGCUGUGAGAGUGAUUUUUGGGGCCCACACUGUACUAACCGCUGCCAGUGCCGCAACGGGGCCAAAUGUAACCCAAUAACAGGAGCGUGCGUCUGCACUGAUGGCUACCAGGGCUGGCGCUGUGAAGAACACUGUGAUCCGAACCUGUAUGGAAAAGACUGCAUGCAAGAAUGCCAGUGCCUCAACGGCGCCACCUGCCAUCAUCAGACUGGAGAGUGCCUUUGUGCACCGGGAUACACUGGAGGUCCGGUGUGCGCCCAGCCGUGCCCAUUCGGCUGGUUUGGCAUCAACUGCUCCGAGGAGUGCACGUGUCGUAACGGAGGACUGUGCGACCACAUCAGCGGUCAGUGUCAGUGCACCGCAGGCUACAUCGGAGAAAGGUGCCAGGAAGAGUGUCCGGUCGGCACAUACGGCCCGCAGUGUGCUCACAAGUGUGACUGUCUGAACAGAGCCAAAUGCUACCACAUCAAUGGGGCCUGCCUCUGCAACGAGGGCUUCAAGGGCCCCAGCUGCCAGGACCGCUUCUGUCCCGCAGGCCUUUAUGGACUCCUCUGUGACAAAUACUGCCCCUGCAAGCUGGACAACACCCUCAGCUGUCACCCUCUGUCGGGGGAGUGCACCUGUGCAGCCGGAUGGGCGGGGCUUUACUGCAACGAGACCUGCCCCGCUGGUUACUACGGCGAGGGCUGCAAGGAGCCGUGCAGCUGCACCAACGGAGCUGACUGUGAUGGCGUCACUGGAGCCUGCAUCUGUGCCCCUGGAUACAUAGGAGACGACUGCUCCUUCAGCUGUCCUCCGGGUCAGUACGGAACCAACUGCACCUCCUUCUGUUCCUGCCACAACGAGAUCUCCUGCUCACACAUCGACGGCUCCUGCAUCUGCAAAGAAGGCUGGCAGGGAGUGGACUGCACCGUCCAGUGCUCUAGUGGGACGUGGGGCUUUAACUGCAAUCAGACGUGCCAGUGCGCCAACGAGGCAGCCUGUGACCCGCUCAACGGGACCUGCACCUGCUCACCGGGCUGGAGGGGGGAGUACUGCGACGUCCCGUGUCCCGAUGGAUGGUACGGGCUGGACUGCAGGGAGAAGUGUGACUGCGUCCACGCUGGCAGCUGCGAUCCGUCAUCUGGAACCUGUCAUUGUCUUGCAGGUUGGACCGGUGUCCACUGUGAUAGCAUGUGUGCCGAGGGCCACUGGGGGCCGAACUGCUCCUAUAGCUGCACCUGUGAGAACGGGGGUUCCUGCUCCCCGGAGGAUGGUACCUGCAUGUGCGCUCCUGGAUACCGUGGCACCAACUGCAGGAGAACCUGCUCUCCUGGUUUCUACGGCCAUCGCUGCAGCCAGUCGUGUCCUCAGUGCGUCCAUAGCGAUGAGGCGUGCCACCACGUUACCGGCCGCUGCAACUGUCUCCCCGGCUUCUUCGGCUCCCUCUGCAACCAAGUGUGUCCCAGUGGGAAGUAUGGCAAGGCAUGCUCUGAAGCCUGCUUCUGCACCAACAACAGCACCUGUAACCCCAUCGAUGGCUCGUGUCAGUGCUACCCUGGAUGGAUCGGAGAGGACUGCUCCAAACCGUGUCCUGCAGGGUCAUGGGGUCCAGACUGCACCCACCUGUGUAACUGUCAUAACGGGGCGGAGUGCAGCGCCACAGAUGGAGAGUGUACCUGCAGCCCCGGAUGGACCGGACUCUACUGCACGCAACGCUGCCCGUCAGGCUUCUACGGGUCUCAGUGUUCUGAGGUGUGCCGGUGCCAGAACGGAGCCGACUGCGACCACGUCUCGGGGCAGUGCUCAUGUCGGACCGGCUUCAUCGGGCCCAGCUGUGAGCUCAAGUGUCCUUCAGGAACGUUUGGAUACGGCUGCCAGCAGCUGUGUGAGUGCAUGAACAACGCCACAUGCGACUACGUGACAGGAACCUGCUACUGCAGCAUCGGCUUCAAAGGGAUCCGCUGUGACCAGGCUGCUCUGAUGAUGGAGGAGCUGAACCCCUACACCAAGAUCAGCCCGGCGCUGGGGUCCGAGCGCCAGUCGGCGGGCGCCGUCCUCGGCAUCAUCUUCCUGCUGCUGCUCAUCAUGGCCAUGCUGGCGCUGGUGGUCUGGUUCCGGUUCCGACAGAGAGAGAAAGGCCAGCAGGCCCCCAGCGUCACCUACACCCCCGCCCUGCACAUCAACUCCACCGACUACUCUCUUUCCUCUGCAGCAGAUCUUCAGAGCCUUCAGAGCAGUUUAUGACCUCUGUUGCUUCUUGUGUUUUCAGACUACAUGAAGGGUUCCUUGUCCAGCACCUGCUCCCUGAACAGCGAGAACCCGUACGCCACCAUCAACGACCAUCCAGUUCUGUGCAAACAUUCAGAGAGCAGCUAUGUGGAGAUGAAGUCACCGGUGCAUCAUGAACACUGCUGCUCCUCCGCCAUCAUCAGCAGCAGCAGCAGUGUUCCCACCAAGAACGUCUAUGACAUGGAGCCGACUAUCAGCAUCAUCCCCGGACUGCUUCCCGGUUACUCCCAGAGCCCGUACGACCUUCCCAGGAACAGCCACAUCCCGAGCCACUACGACCUGCUGCCGGUCCGGCCCAGCCCGUCCCACAGCCACAGCCCCCCCCUGCCAGGGAGCCCGACCAGCUCACUGCUCUGAGCCCCACGACCGGGACGCUCCCAGUUCCCUCACAACCAGAAACUCUAUGGAUCCAGGAUCCAGGGCCGUGGGACUCUGGACCUCGGUUCUUAGAGCAGAUCUGUUAUUUAUGAAAUCAUCUGUGGUGCAGCGUCAGAACUCUGCUGCCAUUUUAUCACCAUAAAACAUACAAUCAAUUUUGUACAUUGUCAUCUUGACCAGAACUUUCCAGACAGGGAAAGAACGGAUGCACAUGUGUGGAUCCAUUCGGGAACACAGAUCCAUGGUUUUCCAGGUUAAAGGAACUGUAGGAAAAGGUUGCUUGGAAAAAAUCUCUCUUCAGUGAGGAACGUCUCAACGGUUCUUGGUCCUGCCAGGUCUUGACAGUGUAGAGGAGGAAACCUGGUGUAAAGUUCUGAUAUUUUUACAUCCAUUUUCGUAUUUCCUGUUUAAACAGCUCAAGAUCCCACAAAGGAAAACAUUUUCUAUUUUUAUCUUCUGUAGACUGUGUGGACUAUACUUAUAUUGUUGUGCUUUUUCUCUAUUGUGUUGAGCUUAAUUCUCCUGCAUGCCAAAGAAAGAAAUAGAAAAAUAGUGAGAAAAGUCAGAUAGUUUGUUUUUUAUUAAUGUUUUGGUUUCUUAUGUGACUCCUUGUAGUAACAGCUUUAACCUGGAGGAGGAGCUACAAAUAAAAUCCCUCCAGUUCUUCUCCAAGUUUAGAUUCCAAACUACUUAGUUAGGAUUGUUUUCCAGAAACAGAAAGCAAAGGUGGGAACAUUUUCACAUUUGCAUCAUGCAGACAGAUCAUAAAGCUGGUCAUAAAUAAAGCUCAGGUGGUUUCAGAAAGUCCUGUCCCAAUGGGAGCCGCUGCACACCAUUCCAAUUAUUAAUAGACCCAAACGGUGCUGGAUCAGUAGACUGAGUCCAAACAAGUCAGGUGGAUACGUUUUAGAUAAUCACCCAUCUUUAAAUUGCUGUUUAAGGUGGAAUGAUUUUUAUUCUCCUGGAAAUGAUCUAACUUUCCUCAAAAUGAACCAGCUGAAGGAGCUCAGACAUCUGAGAAAACCCAGGAGUCAGAAUUCCUUCUUUGGAUCCUUCAUGGAAAAUUUUGAUAUUGUCUGGGUGGACAUUUUUUUUUUUCCAUAAUUCAUCUCAACCCUGCAUAUUAAAAUCCAAGAUUGAUUUAAACCACAUGAAGGUUUCCUGCAGACAUACAGGCCAAGAUGAGGAACCUACUACACGGAUUAUACAGGAAUGAGUAACUCUAAUUUAAUGCUUUUUAAUGCUCUUACAA